CAGAGCCUUGCCAGAUACAGACUCUGAGUAAAGAAGCCCUCAAAGGUGCCACAGGAAAGGAGACCCAGUCCUGACAAAGAUGGUCCUCACUCUGAACCCAACCUGUGAAUGUGGGUGAAUCCCAACAUUGUCCCAGGGGACAAAAAAAAAAAAAAAAAGGAUUUCACAAGCAUGCCUUCUUUCCCUUAUCCAUCAAAGGAUGAAGACUGCUCAGAGGCUGCAGUUGUGGAGUGCCUGCCAUCUUCCUUCAGUAAGCAGUCUCCUCCACAGAAGCACUUCACGUCUUCCCCCAGUGACUGGGAGCUCACAGAGGAGGAGGCUGAGGAACAAGAGGACAACUCUUCUGUGUCCCUCCAGCCACAUAACAAAAGGGAGUGCUUUCAGAGCCAAAAGCUGUGGCAAGCCAAGAGCCAGGAGAGGAGGUCCUAGCCAUGCCCCACCCCCAACAAUUACAGCCACCUAAUGGCCCUAGCAUUAAGAAACAGCCCCCCACCAACCCUCCAUGGCCUCAAUGUGCGAGGGAUCUACAGUUUCACCCGACAGAAUUUCCCCCUUUUCCAGACAGCUCCAGAUGGCUGGAAAAACACCAUUCACCACAACUUCUGCUUUCUGGGCAACUUCAAGAAGGCUCCAGUCAUCCUUCAUGAUGGGGCCAGUGCAAGACCUCGUUCUUGCCUCUGGAGACUCAUUAAAGGACACUGCUGUUUUCAGAAGGAGACUCUAGCCUCUGCAUGGGAGGAGAGCAUCCAAAAAUGCAUGAGCCAGCCAGAUAUGAUGACCUCCCUUUUUGACCUUUGA